CAGUUUGUAUUUAGUUGCUUUUCUUAUCACUCUCAAUACAAGCAGACGUCAACACAUAAUUAUAUAACUAUAUAGUUGUAACUGAUCUAAACCUUUCUGACCCAAGGAAAAGAAAACUGUCAUGGCUUCUCUAUCUUCUUUUGAUCACAUACUCAAGUCAACCCUUUCCAUUUCUCUACUACUCCUCCAAUUUUCUUUAAUCAAAGGCCAUGGAGGAAGUAAUGAUGAAGAUAGCAGCAGGGAUGAGGAUGCAGAUUUGCAUGCAAAAGGGUUAAUUUUGGUGAAAAUUUGGUGUUUGAUUAUUCUUCUUGUGAGCACUUUUGCUGGUGGUGUCUCUCCAUACUUCUAUAGAUGGAAUGAGAGUUUCCUUCUUUUGGGUACUCAAUUUGCUGGGGGAGUUUUUCUUGGGACAUCUCUAAUGCAUUUCUUGAGUGAUUCUGCUGACACUUUUAGCAGUCUUACAUCCAAGGAAUACCCUUUCUCCUUCAUGCUAGCCUCUUUUGGAUAUCUCUUGACUAUGUUUGGUGAUUGUAUAGUGAUUCGGCUUACUAAAGGUAGCCAAAGAGAAUCCAGGGUUCCAAUUGAAGAAGGAAGGGUGGCUCCAGAGGGCGAUAAACAAGUUGAAGCUGAUGUCAACCCAGUGCUCUUGAGGACUUCAUCUCUUGGUGACACUAUUCUGCUCAUUCUUGCUCUGUGUUUUCAUUCUGUGUUCGAGGGUAUUGCUGUUGGAGUUGCAGCAACAAAGGCAGAAGCAUGGAGGAAUCUAUGGACAAUAUCCUUGCACAAAAUAUUUGCAGCCAUUGCAAUGGGGAUUGCACUUCUGAGAAUGAUUCCAAAGAGACCAUUUUUAUUAACAGUAACAUACUCUUUUGCCUUUGCAAUAUCUAGCCCAAUUGGAGUGGGAAUAGGGAUUGCCAUUGAUGCAACGACUCAAGGCCAAGAUGCUGACUGGGUGUAUGCUAUUUCAAUGGGAAUUGCAUGUGGGGUUUUUAUCUAUGUUGCAAUCAACCAUCUUAUAGCUAAAGGAUUCAAACCACAAACUCACUCAUACUUUGAUACUCCAUUCUUCAAGUUUCUUGCUGUGCUUCUUGGGGUGGGAAUUAUAGCAGUUGUUAUGAUUUGGGAUUAAUUAAUUAUAUAUUCUAUUUCUCUUGUUGAAAACAUGUAAUGUUAGUUCAUUGCAGUUCUUAACUUCUUAUGAAAUUAUUUCUAUUCUCCA